UUAACGAAUGAACGAAUGAAUCCACUACACAGCAUACAGCACAACAACAUCAUCCCUCACGCCAAGUAAGUAAACGAUUCCUCUCCUCCUCACCCUCCAUUCUCUCUCUCUCCACAACCAACAUCACCUCCUUUCGGGUCAAACUCGACCCGGAUUACAACCCGUUUCCCGCAACCACUUCCACCUUGUUCCAAACAACCACUAUCAAACACCGCAAGCUAAAUCCACUCUUUCACUGCAUAAUCACACCACCAUUAAAACGAUCGUUCAUUUCUACUCGGGUAUUCGUUUUUGAGCUGUAAAAAUGGUGGGUCUAUUUUCGAGAUUCACCGCUAAAAAGAGUAUGCAUCGACGCACGCAAAGUGCCCGCUUGGAUGAGAGGGACGUGCUUCCUGCAAACGCAGAGGCGGCGGUUUCUGUUGCUGCAACAGCAGCCGCCACUGCAACUUCUCAUGGAAUUGAAGUGGCUGUGGAGUUUAAGCCAGUUGAACAUCCGGUUGAGCCUCUUGACAAUGAUCGACCGGUUCAGUGUCCGUUGCCAGAACCAUCUAUUCUUAAUGAUGGAAGAAUAUGGAAAGAGCGAGCAUCUGCUACCAUGCAUAGAAGAGGAGACCUGCCGGUAAUGAAAGAAGGGGAACCCCUUGAGCAUGAAGGUGGUGGUAAUACUCGGCCGCGAAGAUCACGUUCUAAUCGAAUGAUCCUACCGUCUGUUAGUGCUCCUGAGCAUAAUCUUCUAAAACUUCUUGAAGAGUCGGGCAUCUAAACUGGAACUGUCACUGUGUUUUUUGAGUGAGCUGCUGAUAUCAUGGAAGUAGCCAAGACAAGAAGGAAAAGAACAAAGCAUGUGAGUGAGGCUCUUGCUUCACCAUUUUGCUUUUGCUGUUAUGGAUGUUGGUGAAUGGAAAAAGAGUUAAUAUAAGAGUAAAAAGAUAAAGGAUAGUAUAACUUUGCUUUGGAAUGAAGUCACAAGUAAAUCAUUGUUGUGCUAAAAUGUAUGUGGGACUGUUUUUGAUUGGGUUUGGUUUUGUUGGUGAGUUUAGUAACUGCUACUUAUGAUGUUGUCACCAAAGUCAUAAUUCACAUGUAUAAAAAAUAAGUACUUUAUGUGAUUUGAGUUAAUAUG